CAAGUCGUCUUUAGUCUGUCAUGGCCGCCAUUCUUAUUUAUUCGACGUGCUUGAACUAACCGUGCUCCUUGUAUUUAUUGUAAUUAUGGAAAAUUUAAUAAAAGUUGUUCCUCCAGACUUAGCAAAAAAGAAGCAGAGGAACAGUGUAAGUGAUAUCAUAAAGAAAAAUGAACAAAAUCGGUACUUUGCGAAAUCUUUACCUAAAAAGCCCACAUGUAAGCAUACAAAAAAAAGCAAAUACAAAUGUGAAUAUUUAAAUUCCAAUACAAUUUUCUACUUCCAUAAGAAGUUUUAUAGUAGUCACAAAAAAAUUGAUCAAGAUAAUUUUAUUCUGAAAUAUACGCAUAUAAAGCCAGUACAACGAAAACGAUCAAAAACAAAUACCAGGACCCCAAAAUCGUUUUCCAAUCAUUUUUUUAUUCCUAACCACAAGUCUAAGGAGCUUUUUCCAGUUUGCCUUCAAGCUUUUUGUGGUGUUUUAGAUAUAAAACAAGGGAGAAUAAAAGGUGUCACUAAAAGAUUCGCAGAAAAUGGGACUAGUGCAUCAGAGAGAAGAGGUGGUGACCGAAAAGAGUUUGCAUUUCGAUCAAAAUUGGAAUCGGUCCAGAAAUUUAUUAUGAAAUUUAAACCUUUGGAUUCUCAUUACUGUAGGGGCAAGAUAAAACGUAGAAUUUAUUUAGAUCCAAGUCUUAAUAUUACUAAAAUGUAUAAAAUGUAUGAGGAUCAAGUCACGCCCGGAUUCUCGGUAACUAAAUCUUAUUUCAGAAAGGUGUUCAAUACACCUUUUAACAUAGGAUUUGGAACACCACGACAGGAUGUUUGCUCCGAUUGCCUCCAGCUUUUAGGAAAAAUAAAAGAUGUCAAAUCGGCAUUGAAAAGGAAACAUACGAGCACAAUACAGAAUUCAUAAGAUGAGAGCAUAAUGUUUUUUUUUUCAGCUUUUGAAAGAUGAAGAUCCGGAUAUACUUAUCCUUUAAUUUGAUUGUCAAAAAAAUCUGCCUAUGCCCAGGGUACCGGACCAAUCCACGUAUUAUUCAAGGCAGCUAUACUUUUAUAAUUUUACAAUUGUUGUGGGAAAUUCAAACACAAAUUUAACACGUGAAAAUGUUUUUUCUUAUGUUUGGACUGAGGACAAGGCACCAAAAGGCUCCAAUAAAAUAGCAUCCUGCGUCUAUCACUGCUUAAACAGUUUAAAUAUGAAAGGAAAAAAAUUGUCAGGCUUGUGGCCGAUGGCUGUGGUGGCCAAAACAAAAACUCCACUUUAAUUGAGAUGGUUUCAAAAUGGCUAUAUGAGACGCAAAAUGAUAUAUCCAAGGUUUAAAUAAUUUUCCCAGUAACGGGCCAUAGCUUUAUUCCACCUGACAGAGUUUUUGCCAUUACCGAAAAAAAAAAAAUUCGGCGUCUAGAAAACGUUUUAAAUCCAAAUGACUAUAUUGAUUUGAUGUCAUCUAAUGCUACCAUCUAUCAUGUCGUUGAUCAAGUGCCUGUAUUUGAUUGGAAAGAAGCAUGUAAGAAUGUGCUUAAAAAUACACAGCAUCUACACUUCCAAAUAAGUAAAUGCAAGCGCAUAAUUAUUGAAAAGGUGACGCGAAAAAUUCUGGUAGGUGGUGAAGUAUCAUACAGAAAUGGCAUAAGUCAACUUUUACCCAUUACAAAAAGAGGUAAAAAAAUAUCACAAAUAUUACCUGAUAGAAUAAAUCAUAGUGUCACCAUCAAACAAGAAAAACUUGACGAUGUUAAUAAACUAUUAAAAAAACACUUCGGUGAGCAGUGGUCAGAAAUUCCAGAGUUACAUUAUUUUAAAAAGGUUCUAGCUCUACCAGGCCAUGAUGCUGAAACUUCGGACGGUGAACAGGAUGACUGUAUUUAUGAGGAGAUAUUUGAUUUUGUUUAAUUUACUGUCCUUGCUUUGAUAUCAAUACAAUAGUAAUAGUAUGUAAGGCAAAACUGUGAUUCUGAUCUCAUAUAAUAAUAAUAUAACAAGCAAAAAACGAUAAAUAUAUAAAUUCAUAUUUUUAAGAAUAAAAAUAUUUUU